CCGGAUUGGCUGUUGAAAAUGUGUGAGAUUGUGACAUGUGUUGUGCACCCGUAAUUUGAUCUGUAGGAAAUACCAUGAAAGCAUAUGACAUCACCAGAUUUUGUGCACAAUUGCCGCCUGUCGUCCGAUACCGACAACAAUGAACUUCAGAAUGACAAAAGUGUUUUAUAGACAUUAAAUGAUACGAAGAGAUUUGAUGGAAGACAAGCAUACGAUUACAGGAAAGUAAAGAUAUCAUUUGGAGUCGAUCGAGGCUGCUGUCAAGUUCAGUUAGGAGACACAAGGGUUUUAGCUCAAGUGUCAUGUGAAAUCACAGAACCAAAACCCACACGGCCAACAGAUGGAGUUCUAUUUGUCAAUGUGGAGUUAUCUCCCAUGGCUUCACCAGGUUUUGAAAUUGGGAGGCCAUCUGAGUUUGGUGUGGAGCUCACCCGUCUUCUGGAGCGGUGCCUGAAGGAGUCCCGUUGUGUCGACACAGAGUCCCUGUGUAUCGUGGCCGGAGAGAAGGUGUGGGCUAUCCGGGUAGACAUCCAUGCUCUCAACUAUGAAGGGAACCUGCUGGAUGCUGCCAGUGUUGCAGCCAUUGCUGCCAUCACUCACUUCAGACGUCCGGAUGUGACAGUUUCAGGGGAGGAGGUCACAGUGCACAGCCCAGAGGAGAGAGACCCGGUACCCCUUAGCGUGCACCAUAUGCCCAUAUGCUGCACAUUCGCUUUCUUCACACAAGGCAAGCACCUGCUGGUAGACCCAAGUCUGGUGGAAGAAAAGGUGAUGGAUGGGAAGAUGGUGAUCGGGAUGAACAAACAUCGGGAGAUCUGUAUGCUGCAGAUCACUGGAGAAAUGCUGCUUCUCAAGGAACAGGUGUUAAGAUGUUCAAAUAUAGCAGUUGUCAAGGUAACAGAAAUAUCAGAACUCAUCCUAAAGGCCCUGGAGAAUGACAGAGUAGCAAGGACAUCAGGAGAGAAAUGUGGCUUUGCUGAAUCAGUGGAGCCGAAGAAAAUAACCAGUACCAAGACUGACCACCAGGACGUGGAGAUGGAGGAACAUGAUUCAGACAAGAUGGCGGAUACUUCUCACAGUAGUGACGAUGACAUACAGAUUGUCAGACCGGAGGAUAGUGUUGAAGUCAAAAUUCUGGACAAGGGUCUUGCAGCUAUUGGGGAGGGAGGUCAGAAUACGUGGGAAAUAGAUGAAGAUGUUGCAACAGAAGCCAUGGCAGAUGCUGCUGCUGCUGCCACAUCCUCCUCGUGUUUACAGGGCAAGGGAGAUAACCAACAUGAAGUCAUUGACCUUGACAGUGGCAGUGAAGAGGAGACAACUAUGACACUGAGUCAUGAUGACCUACAGACUCACAGACCCACAACAACGCCAGCACAAGCCGCAAGUCAAAAGUCUGCAGACAGGAAAGGCAAAAAGAAGAAAAAGAAAUAAUGUCCCAGGAGUUCUAUGUACAUUAUCAUUUGUAUAAAUUCAGUUCAUACUAAA